AUGGCAUUUAUUUUCUGUAGCUCAGUCUUAUGUGCACUGUUUGAAAAAAUCAAUGUUCUUUUGUAUCUUCCCUCACUUUCAAGGGAAAGGAUCAUUUGGGACACCAAAUCUGGAGGAUGA